AGAUAGGCAAAAAAUAUUUUCUGUUCUUAUUUCAAAUUUUCAUAAACUCUUUUUUUUUAAAAGAAAACUACAUAGCUUUAUAAAACUAGAAUAAAAGUGUUAUGGCGGAAGCUUUCAUUGGUUACAGCGUACACGUCGAACUUGCGAAUGGCUCGUCAUUGGAGGGAACUGUGUCGCAUAUUGAUUCUCAUACGCAACUUUUGACUCUAAAAAAUGUAAAUGUUAAAUAUAAUGGUCAUUCUCAACAGUGGUCUAUAUACGGUGUAGCAGGCGCGGAUAUCAAAGAUCUUAAAAUUAUUUCAUCGAAUUCAACAUCUAAUACUCAACAACCGUAUCAUGUACAUUCUAACGUAAAUACAUUCGAAAAUGGAGGACCGUCUUCAAAAAGUGAUACACCUGCUCCAAACAACGUAGUCAACCCAAUAUUAACUCAAAGUCAACAACCGUCGACAAUAUAUUCAAAUUCUCCUUUUCCAGAUCCUGCAAUUAUUUCGUAUUCUCCGGCACCUAUCCAACAACAAUCAUAUCCCUUGUCGAGUCCGUAUGGUGUAUCAAGGGCUUCCUCACCGUAUGUUAAUCUUCAACAGCAGCACAUCGACGUUCAGGUUCCGACGAAAAUCUCCCAAACAACUUCAACCGGAGACAGUGAUUCAAAGUAUGACGAAGAGGAGACAACCACAAACGGCUACGAAGAAAAUUCGAAGCGUACGGUUAACGGUAAUCAUGAUUCAAGUGGUGUCGAAUCGGAUGUUGCAUCAUACAGUCAUAAAAAAUCUUCACGAAGAAAGAAGAAUCAAAAUUCAAAUGGCCAAUACCAAAAUUUAAGAACUCAUCCUUCUCCUGCAAGAAAAUUUCGACGAGGACGUCGUCAAAUCCAUGAAUGGGCAGGCGGGGAUGUUAAUGACUUUAAAUCUGAAGAAUUCGAUUUCCAGGGCAAUUUAGACCUAUUCGACAAAGAAAAGGUUUUUGCAGAAAUCAGAGAAUUAGAUUCUACGGCACCAGAAAAUCUUCUUGUAAAUAUUAAUCGUAAUCCUAAUUAUCGUAUGAAUCACCGUAACGGGAAUCAUUCAAACCAAAACUCUCAAUCAAAAUUGGCAUCUCAUGAGAAUGUGCUUGAAGUUUCAACUCGUAAAUCCAAGUUUUACCAUACUGAUGAAGAAGAUGAAACGGCUAAUGAUGGAGAAGUUGAUUCUGAUGGUUCAUGGAAAAAGAAGAAGAAAGCGAAUGGUGGAGAUCAUCGAAAGGUCAAGAUAAGAACAUUAACUGGUGUUGCAUGCCCAACGGUUCAACCUUUGCAAAUGGUUGAAGUUGAAAGAAUUGCAGCAUUGGAAACUGGACCAAACGAAGACCAGAUGAUCGAAAAUGCCGGCAGAGGUGCUUCUAUGAUGUGUCUCCAAGCACUUGGCGGUUCACGACGUAUACAGCCAAAUAAUCAUAACGCAGCUCCGCUUGUCGUUAUACUUGCUGGGAAUAACAAAACUGGAACUUAUGGCCUGGCUACUGCACGACAUCUUGCAAAUCAUGGUUGUCACGUUAUUGCAUGUGUCGUUGGCAAAGAAACGGACCUACUCAAGAAUGUUGCGUUCCAACAAAAGAUUUUACUUCCAACUAGCGGUAAAAUUGUGAAAACUGUUGAAGACCUUCCACAGCAAUUUACGAACCCUGUCGAUCUUAUCGUCGAUGCUUUGCUUGGUUAUCAAUUCACUUUACGAGAUAUUGUAGAUGAACAUGAUAAACGUUUAAUAUGUGAUUUGAUGGAUUGGGCUAAUAAUAAUAAAGCACCCGUCUUAAGUCUAGAUAUGCCUAGUGGCGUGAAUGGAAAUACGGGGAGUCCUGUUAAUUCUGCACAUUAUAUCCACCCAAAAUGGACUCUUUGCCUUGGAGCUCCCAAAAGUGGAUGUAAAUCACGUACAGUUACCGGCGAGCUUUUCUUAGCUGACAUAGGCGUUCCAAGAGUUUGUUGGAAGAGGAUCGGUGUAAAAGGCUGGGGAAUGCCAUGGGGUAGCGAAUAUUUAGUUGGAUUGGAGUAUUCUACAUAAUGUAACAUCUCCAAAGAAAAAUUAAGUAUAUAAGUAUAUAUAAUUAUUUAAUGUACACUCUUCGAUUAUAAUAUGAUAUCAUAUCUCAUUUGCUCUAAAAAAAUUAUUCAUUUGAUCCUUUUUGUUCUGUGUCUUUCCGUUUAUAAGUUUGCGGGAAGCGAAUUCGUGAAUUCGUAUUAAAAAUACAAGGAUUAAUUUUUAUAUAAAUUAAAGUGUUUCGUUACAAUAAAUUAACAGAACAUAAAAGGAAUAAUAAACGGCAAACAAAAUAAAAAAAUUCAAUAUCUUCUCUUUAUCAUUUUUACU